AGCGUGUGUGGAGGUUGGUGGCAGUCGUCGACGCAGAGUUUUAUUUCUCGUGCUAUGCAUUACGAUGCUGAUAAGCGUCGGAUCUGUGGACACGGAUGAGGAGGAAGACGACGAAGAGGUAGAGAAAAAGCCCCGACCAGGAGAGCGGACUAACGAAUGGAAAAAGAAAGACGUACGCGAUUACACAGAUGCAGACGUAGAAAGACUCUUCGAUCAAUGGGAGGAAGGAGAGGAUGAAACGGAUCCCGAUGAUUUACCAGAACAUUUACGUCCACAAGCGCAGUUUGACAUCAAUGAAUUGACUGGUAAAGAACCAGAAGACAUCGUCAAGGUUACCAAGAAAGGCCGGACGUUGAUGAUGUUCGUUACUGUGUCUGGUAAUCCAUCACGUAAAGAAGCUGACGAAAUCACUCUAAUGUGGCAGAGUCAGUUAUUUAAUGCCCAUUAUGAAAUGACAAGGUACAUGAUAGAGGACAAUCGCGCAAUACUCGUACUCAAAGACGGUAGUACUGCGGUAGACAUUAAAAAUUUCCUGAUUGACCAAGAACGAUGCGAAGAAGUGACGUUCGAGAAUCAAAGCUUUCCGGGAAAACACCUUGAUGCCAAGGAUAAGAAGGAAUCGAAGAAAGACAACAAAACGGAACAAAAAAAGAAAAGUAAAAAAAAGAAAAAAAAGAAGGAUGAUAAAAAAGAGGAAAACUCGAAAGAAGAGAAGAUGAGUAAAUCGAAAAAAGAAGAAUUGUGA